AUGCAGCGCAUUAACGAUCGGCUUGCCCGCCAUGAUCUAAAGCUUUCCUCAAACGAAGCACUGCUUUCGCGCAGAUACAGGCGCUCGUUAACACCUGGAAUGGACACUUCAGAACUCUCGAUUGUUUCAUCCCAGCGAUCUGCUUCAGAAGGACAAUACCCGUCUCGAACCGGAUCAUUACAGACGACCAAUAUCAGAUUCGCCGAUUCCCUGCCUGUUGGACGCCCCGAUAGGCCGCGCACACGGUUGGAGAACCCUUACGCUCCUCCUAGACCUCAACACAACCCUCAUCCUCACGUCCAGUCUAUGAUUAUCAGGAAAUCAAGAAGCUUCAUCCCACCAUCGAUUCCUACAGACUUAUCUUCUAGGAGCAUUACACCAUCUCCGUCAGGUUCUCCGAAGCCACUACCUCCCUAUCCGCAAGAGGGGACCAAAAACAGGCCAAACGAGAUGAACGGCUUCAAUAAACCCUCUCCCCCGGUGCGAGUUGCAAGUGAUGCCAGCAGCAGUGCCAGCGCCACCAGCAUCAAUAGCAGUAGCAAUAGCAGCACCAGCACCCAGGUUACAGAACCCACAGUCAAAAGCGAAAGCCAAUGCGACACACCUACCGUAAAAAUAAUCACGCCGGAUUCAACCCCCAAAGACGACAAAGAAGCCCCUCGGAAGCAGCCUCGGUUGAAGAAAAACCUCAUUCCGCCCCUUACGAAAAUACACUUCUCCUGCUACCAAUCCCACCGCUAUUUAUCGCCAUCAAAUAAUAUCAUAUACCCCGUUCCAUGCAUGACAUGUCUAAAUGACGACCAGUUGAUCCGCUGGCGAUGUACUUUCUGCUGUCUGCGGAUCUGUGGAGAUUGCAUGCAGACGAUGCAGAAGUGCAAGAGGCGUUCGCUGAAAGAACUUAUGGAACGCCUCGUGGCGGCGCUGGAGAGUGUAGAGAGUGCCUGA